AUGAGGUCGUCCAGGAGUAGAGCUGGAGAUAUCUCCCCUACUGACGUCAAGAAUCCGCAUGGCCCGGACGAGACAUUGCCUUUGCUCUCUCCCAACACCAGCACAGGAGAGAAUGGGUUGCGGAAUGGGGACUCUAUCUCCGAGCAUCAUGACGACUCUCAGCAGACGAAAAGCGUGUGGUACCUGGUCCUUUUAACCAUCAGCAUCGGCGGUCUUCAGAUUGCCUGGUCGGUCGAACUGUCCAACGGCUCCCCGUAUCUAUUGUCUCUCGGCCUGAGCAAAUCAUUGAUGGCUCUAGUGUGGAUCGCUGGCCCGCUCACGGGAACCUUGGUUCAGCCAUACGUCGGCAUGUUAAGUGACAACUGCCGACUGCCGUGGGGGAAAAGGAAACCUUUUAUGAUCGGCGGCACCAUAGCGACGAUUAUCUCCUUAAUGUUACUCGCCUGGACGCAGGAAAUUGUUGGGGGCCUACUAUCCCUCUUCGGCGCCGAUCCCGAGUCUCACUUGGUCAGGACGGCAAUUAUCUGCACCGCCGUGAUCGGAAUCUACGUUCUCGACUUCGCUAUCAACACGGUCCAGGCCGCCAUUCGAGCUUUCAUAGUCGACUGCGCGCCGGCGCACCAGCAGGAAGCAGUCAACGCCAUGGCGAGCAGACUUACAGGACUCGGUAAUAUUCUCGGAUAUUGCGCCGGUUACGUGAACCUGCCCGCAUAUCUGUGGUUCUUCGGCAAGACACAGUUCCAGGUUCUGUGCGCACUCGCCAGCAUCGCGUUGGGUGCGACAGUUUCCCUGAGCACGUCACUCGUUCAAGAACGAGACCCACGGCUCGAGGGACCCCCUGCCAGGGAUAUGGCGGGCAUCUUUUCUUUCUUUGCCCAGAUCUUCGCCUCUGUCAAGCGACUCCCUCCGCAGAUCAAGAGGGUCUGUCAAGUUCAGUUCUUUGCCUGGAUUGGCUUUUUCCCCUUGCUCUUUUACACGUCCUCUUACAUCGGCGAGAUAUACGUCGAGCCGUAUCUUCGGGAGAAUCCUAAUAUGUCGCCCGAGGAACUCGACGAGCUUUAUGAGCAGGCAACCCGAGUGGGCACCUUUGCCCUGCUCGUGAACUCGGUGGUCAGUUUGCUCACAAACGUUUUCCUUCCGUUUUUUAUUGCGCCAACCUACGAUAGUCAUCCGGUAUUGAUGGCGAGCACGGCCGAAUCGGAUACCAUUUCCACGCAUAAGCAGCGUGGCUGGUGGUCGUGGCUGGACCGGCUUCACAUCCCUGGCUUCACGCUCAAGCGAGCUUGGUUCGGAUCGCUUGUGCUCUUCGCCGUAUCCAUGUUCUGUACCGUGCUGGUACGGACGGUAGAAGCAGCGACGGCCCUGAUAGGUCUGACGGGUAUCACCUGGGCGAUGACGCUGUGGGCGCCUUGGGCUAUCAUUAGCGCCGAGAUCAGCCGAAGACACGCCGUUUUGCGCGCAAUCAAGCAAAGAAACCAGAGUCUAGACCUGGCUACAGCUAGGUCUGGGGAUACUUGUCGAGACGGCGAACAGGACUCAAUACAGCAGAACGACGACGGCGAGACGGAUCAAGCAGGUGUGGUACUGGGGAUCCACAACAUGGCUAUUGCCGCACCACAGAUGAUUGCCACCAUCGGGUCGAGUAUCAUCUUCCGCAUUUGGCAGAAGCCCCGCGGCACACCAGGAGACCGCUCGAUGUCUGUCGUCCUGGCGCUGGGCGGUAUUGCCGUCUUCGUCUCGUCUUUCUUCGUGGCUUGUAUCCACGAGACCACAUCCGGGGCAGGGGACUGCGUGGCGGCGGCAGAAGAGGGGGAGGGAGAGCCCAUCCUAUCGAGGACGGGCCCCAACCGACAAGAAAGCCAUCGACAUGGACCAGAGGUCAGCUUACAACGUGCCACGUUAACAAGGAACAAAAGUUUCGGGGGAAUGGAAUACUAA